CUACGAACUGAAAAUUUUGGCUGUUGUGGAGGCAUUACGAAAGUUUCGAGUCUACCUAUUGGGCACUCAUUUUAAACUUGUGAGUGACUGCAAUGCCUUUACCAAGACUUUGGAGAAGCGAGACUUAUGUACCAGAGUUGCACGCUGGAUUCUCCUUAUGGAAGAGUUCCACUUUACUGUCGAACACAGAGCUGGUUCCCGCAUUCGGCACCAAAUUGAGAUGCGUACAGGCACAAGACGAGGAGCUGAAAGCAAUUAUAGAUGUUCUUGCUGAAAAGGCUACACACAACAAUUAUUUUAUGAAAGCUGGUCUAUUGCACAAGAUGGUCGACGACAAUGAACUAAUCGUGGUACUAGCAGCUUUACAACGCGACAUCAUAAAACAGGCGCACGAAAGAGGACACUUCUCAACAAAGAAAACUAAAGACGUCAUUGCUGAAGAGUUCUACAUUCCAAAGCUGGAGGACAAAGUUCAGCGACAAAUAAGAUGCUGCAUCCCAUGUAUUGUGACAAACAGAAUACUUGGGAAAAAAUAAGGUGACCUCCAUCCACUGCCUAAGAGGAGCCAUUACAGACGUUUCAUAUUGACUUUUUGGGUCCUUUGGAAUCCACCCAUAAGCAAUACAAACACAUCCUAGCGGGAUGGUUUUACCAAAUUUUGUUGGCUCUACCCCACAAAGACGACAUCGGCUAAAGAGGUGAUAUCAAGGCUUCAAGCGCAAAGUUCCGUAUUUGGAAAUCCUAUCCAAAUAAUAUCUGACAGGGGCUCCGCCUUUACAUCAGAUGACUUCAAGAAAUACUGCGAGAAUGAGAGUAUUGCACACCACACGAUUACGACGGGACUGCCUCGUGCCAAUGGACAGGUAGAAAGACUUAACGCUCUUAUAAUUUCAGUUCUAUCCAAGUUGUCCAUAGACGAACCAAGCAAGUGGUACAAGUUUGUCGACAGGGUGCAGAAGACUAUAAACUCAACCCACUGCAGGAGCACGCAGAUGACACCAUUCGAGUUGCUAGUUGGUGUGAAGAUGCGCACACAAGACAGCCUGCAGCUCAGGGAGCUGAUCCACGAAGAGAUGGUCCACACGUUUAACAACAACCGAGAUGAACUUCGAAAAAGUGCCAAACGCCAAAUAAUCCGUAUUCAAGAAGAAAACAAGAAGACAUACAACCUGCGACGUAAGCCGGCGACUUUGUACAAGGAGGGUGAUCUUGUGGCAAUCAAGCGCACACAACUUGGUGGUGGGCUUAAGUUGAAACCAAAGUACUUGGGCCCAUACCGCAUCAUCAAAGUCAAAUCUAACGAUACCUACGAUG